GCCUAGCUAGAGACGACAAGGAGUCGGUGAGCUAGUGAGCUAGUGAGCGUUACACUGUGAGGUGCGGGCGGUCUUCUGUACAGUACGUAGUGAACCGUGGUGUCGAGCAGAAUCACUUCAGUGCCAUACAUACACCGAAACAUGAUGUAUUGCGGAACCAGUCUGAGUUUACUGACACUGGCAGUUCUGUUUGCCGCCACCACUCCCGAGCCGGUCCCACAGUAUUACCCUUUGCCGUUCGCCGGGCAGCCUGCCUACAAUCCUCCCCCAGACCCCGUGUAUAGUGGUACCCAUCAAUGGCAGCAGACCCUUCAGAACAACUUCUCCAGCGCUAAUUUCCUGGACCCACUCACUGCUUCUGCAGCCGAACAACUUCCGAAGAACGAAAUUCCCCGGCAGCUCUACGGAGUGCCCCCUCCACCCAACACUCAGUUUUCACAAUACCCUCAGAUAUACAAGCUGGACAACAUCAUCAUCAUAGCAAACCCACCGCAGCCGCAACCCUGCAUUCCCCAGCGACCGCCACCAAACUUUCCUAAGCCUAAGCCCGGCGGCGGCUCUGAGGACGGCGUCGACGACCGCGGCGGUCAAUUUGAUGAGGAGGGACCGAGCAAAUGCACCUGGGCGAUAGUCGCGUGCUGCUCUCCUGGUAACAGGAAUGUCCGUUAUAACUGCUUCGAGUUGCUGGGAUGUCCCGGAUUCUUUUUCGAUAACAGUCCUUGUGACCCUGAGAUCGUAAUGGCAGCAGCUAACGCCGCUCUGGAGUACUACAGAAAGGCCAAUAAUGGAACGACAGAUAACAACCGAGUAUAAGUUAUUUCCGAACAAGUAAUCUGAAUCAUAGCAAUUUUAAAGUUAUAUGCAAACAUCUGAAAAGAAUUUUAUUAGAAUCAAAUACUUGUAAUUAAUCAAUUACUCCAAGAUGUAGUCAAUGAUCGUACUAUAACCUUUACUUGAUUUUUAACGUUCCUGUAGGUAGAACUGCCAUGUAAAUAUCUAUUUAUUUUACUUAUUACGUGAGAAAGUACCUGUGUGAUUGUAGUUCUUAAUUUAGGUUAAAUAAACUAGUCUUUAAGUCACUAUUAGUACUUCUAUAUAAAACCUUAACCCCAGUGUUAUCAAUAAACACAAGGGCCUAGCUUUAUCUUAGGUUUACCGUUAGAGUUUGUAAAUUUACAGAUUAUUGGAACAAUAUAUAGUUGUGGGUUUGUAUUACAUUACAUAAAUAUUAAUGUCGUUUUCAGCAGUAUUAAAACAUAUUUUGUCAUAUAAACCUGUAUUUAUGUUGAUUAAAUGUGAUUAGUACCAUAUCAUAUAGAACUAUUGACUAUUUUAUAUUUAAAUAAACAUAUAUUAAACUA